GUGGGUACCUCGGGGUAGUCGGCGCAGGAGUGGGCAACUGCCAAGUGAAGGUAAACACGGGUGGGUGGGAUCAGAGGCAGCUCUUUCCAAAGGCAAAGUUCAGCCGCAGUGUGAGGGCUGGACCGAGAAAAAGCGUGUUGGAGGUAUUGUUCUAAAAACAAAUCUUCAAGCGGCAUAGGGUGACACAACAUCACGCGUGGCCGAGCUCCGCCCCUUCCCACCUCUCCCGCUGGUGCACGAGAUUUGGUGUACUCGCCCACCACAAUAAGCCUCCUCUCGCCGCCUUGCAAUUGGUACAGCCCAAGCUCUGGGAAAAGACGCCCGUUGUCACGCCCCUGCCUCUGAUUGGCUGGAGAAUUUAAAGAUCCGGCCGGUAAUAGGGUAAUUUUCUACUUCUAGUAUUUGAAAGUUCCUACUGCCGGAGGUUCACUAGGGGCCGGCUGUGUUCAGCGUGUUCGUCCGAGUACCGGUGCAAAAGUCGGACAGCUGAGGCUCACCAUUCCUGAGUGCAUUUGACGCUGCCCCGUCCACCUCUCUGGAAAAUACUGAUCUGCAGAGGCGGUGGCGAUGCUGUCCGGCACCCAGGCAGCGCCCGCGGGAUUCGAGGACGCGGAGCUGCGGUGCCGCGUGGCUCUGGAGGAGCUGAGCCCGGGCGGGCAGCCGCGAAAGCGCCAGGCCUUACGCUCCGCGGAGCUGAGCCUGGGGCGGAAUGAGCGCCGAGAGUUGCUGCUGCGGCUGCAGGCGCCUGGGUCCGAGGGGCGGCCGCGCUGCUUCCCUCUGCGGGCCGCGCGUCUCUUCACGCGCUUCGCGGCGGCCGGACGCAGCACACUGCGGCUUCCCACCGACGGCGUCCCCGGGGCAGGCGCUGUGCAGCUGCUGCUCUCCGACUGCCCCCCCGACCGCCUGCGACGCUUCCUGCGCACGCUGCGCCUCAAGCUGGCCGCGGCCCCGGGGCCCGGGCCAGCUUCCGCUCGGGCGCAGCUGUUGGGACCGCGGCCCUGCGACUUCGUCACCAUCAGCCCCGUGCAGCCCGAGGAGAUGCAGCGCGCGGCGGCCACCCGGGUCCCGCACGCCACGCCAGUGAAGCGGCCCCUGGAACCCCAGGCGGGAGCCAAGCCCAGCACUGAAGCCCCAAGAUGGCCCUUGCCUGUGAAGAGGCUGAGCUUGCCCCCAACAAAACCACAGCUUUCUAAGGAGCAGGCUGCUGUGCUAAGGGUUGUCCUGAAAGGCCAGAGCAUCUUCUUCACUGGGAGUGCAGGGACAGGGAAGUCUUAUCUGCUGAAGCGUAUCCUGGGCUCACUGCCUCCCACAGGUACUGUGGCUACUGCCAGCACUGGGGCGGCAGCCUGCCACAUCGGGGGUACCACGCUCCAUGCCUUUGCAGGCAUCGGCUCAGGCCAGGCUCCCCUAGCCCAGUGUGUGGCCCUGGCCCAGCGGCCAGCUGUGCGGCAAGGCUGGCUGAACUGCCAGCGGCUAGUCAUCGAUGAGAUCUCCAUGGUGGAGGGUGACCUGUUUGACAAGCUGGAAGCAGUGGCCAGAGCUGUCCGGCAACAGGACAAGCCUUUUGGAGGGAUCCAGCUCAUCAUCUGUGGGGACUUCCUACAGCUGCCACCUGUAACCAAGGGCUCCCAGCCCCCGAAGUUCUGCUUUCAGGCCAAGAGCUGGAGAAGGUGUGUCCCAGUGACUCUGGAGCUGACCGAAGUGUGGAGGCAGGCAGACCAGAACUUCAUCUCUCUGCUGCAAGCUGUCAGGCUGGGAAGGUGCUCAGACGAAGUGACCCGCCAACUCCAGGCCACAGCCUCCCACAAGGUGGGGCGAGAUGGGAUUGUGGCCACAAGGCUCUGCACUCACCAGGAUGACGUGGCCCUCACCAAUGAGAGGCGACUACAGGAACUACCAGGUGAGAUACACACCUUUAAGGCCAUGGACAGCGACCCUGAGCAAGCUCGAACCCUGGAUGCCCAGUGUCCUGUUAGCCAGAUUCUUCAACUAAAGCUGGGCGCCCAGGUGAUGUUGGUAAAGAACUUAGCAGUGUCCCGGGGCCUGGUGAAUGGCGCCCGGGGCGUGGUCAUUGGGUUUGAGACUGAGGGGAGAGGGCUGCCCCAGGUGCGGUUCCUGUGUGGAGUCACUGAGGUAAUCCGCGCUGACCGCUGGACGGUGCAGUCCACAGGGGGCCAGCUCCUCAGCCGGCAGCAGCUGCCCCUCCAGCUGGCCUGGGCAAUAUCCAUCCACAAGAGCCAGGGCAUGUCCCUGGACUGCGUGGAGAUCUCUUUGGGCCGUGUGUUUGCCAGUGGCCAGGCCUACGUGGCCCUUUCCCGGGCCCGCAGCCUGCAGGGCCUGCGCGUGCUGGACUUUGAUCCCAUGGUGGUUCGUUGUGAUCCCCGUGUGCUGAGCUUCUAUGCCGCCCUGCGGAGGGGCAGGGGCCUCAGCCUGAAGUCUCCAAAUGAUGAUGAGGCAGCCUCAGACCAAGAGAAUGAGGACCCAAACCUUUGAGCCUCAAAGAGAAGACAAAUGGUGGUCUCCCCUUCUACCUCCUCCCUAGUGGGCCAGGGCCCCUGGAAAUAACUGGGGGAGGAUAGCCAGUGUCUCUUUCUGCCUUCUGCAGGGCUCUCAGCCUCCUGGCAGGGCACAAGGGAGAGUACUUUCCACCCAUUUGCCAGCUGUGCCUCAGCUUCUCUCCUUGUCCUGGGUGAGCUACUUCCAGGAAUAGGAGAAACCCUUUUCAGGCCAGUUGGGAAUGGGCCUAUGGUAGCACCUGGUGUUCUAGAACAAAGCUGUCUGUGAGGGCUGGCCCAGGGCCACGCGGUUGUGGAUGGUGCUUUCUUGGAGCUGCAGAGGGGAGAGGCCGUGAAGACAGGUACUCCAGGAGCAGGAAUAGGCUAUAGGAGCCCUGGACUGGGAGACUCUGGGCAAGUACAGGCCCCAGAGAAGGGAACUGGGGUUAGUUUCAUAGGUAGGCCCAGGCUACACAGGCCAGGACAAACCCCUUCCUGAGCCUAACCUGAGAACACUCAAUGCAAACCAUGUGCCUGUAUCUUAAGCUCCUUUUUUGGAGAAGAAAUAGUAUUUAGGGGUAUUGAGAUGGAUGUUCUCAGAUUACAUUUAUUUAGGCCAAAUAAACUUGUGAGUUGUAUAAGGA